GUGCAACACCGCAAACAGAUAUCAUGGGAACUCACACCUUCAACAAGGGAACCUCCCUUGUAUUCCUUGUCUUGUUUGCUUCUUUACAUUCUUCACUUCCCCUUGCUUCUGCCUCUAGUGAAGAAGCAAAUGCUAUUCUCAAAUGGAAAUCCAGCCUCCAAAAUAAAAGUCAGUCUGUACUAUCUUCGUGGACUCUGCUUCCGCACAAUGCAACCAACUCCAAACCAAGGACCGGCCCCUGCACCUGGUUUGGAAUUUCUUGCAAUGCCCAUGGAAGUGUUGCUAGAAUGAAUCUUAGUGUUUCUGGUAUAUCAGGUACGCUUGAUGAAUUUCCUUUUAUGUCUCUCCCUAAUCUCACACAUGUUGAUUUCUGUAUCAACAAUCUUUCUGGGGUUAUUCCACCUCAAAUUAGUUACCUUUCCAAGCUUGUCUAUCUUGAUUUUUCCACCAAUCAGUUUUUUGGGACAAUCCCACCAGAAAUUGGCCUGCUACAGCAUCUUGAGAUCCUCCACCUUGCUAAGAAUCAUUUCAACGGCUCAUUUCCUCAAGAAAUAGGUCACCUGAAGUCUCUUAAGGAGCUUGAUAUGUACACCAACAACUUAGAGGGGAGAGUUGUGGAUGGAAGAGAGAUUAUGGUUCAGUUUGCCAAGUAUGGGCCUAAUGCAGAACAAAUGUGAGUUGCUCGUUGUUCUUGAUUGUUCGAUUUCAGUGCAUCCAUGAGGUUAUUCUUAAUGCCCUAUCAUUACUGUUUAGUUAUGUAUAAAAGUUGUGUUUUUCGUUAAUUUGUUUUCACUUUCAUGGGAAAUGGAAUUUGAUGUAACUGAACAACAUAAUUAGCAUCAUAACGUAAUGGAAUUUUCACUGUUAACAGAAUAUCUACUGUUCCUGAGGUCUUUGAUGGCUAAGUUAGUCGCAUUUUCUUUUUGCUUUUGUAGACUGCAUCUGUUUUUGAUUGCUGCUAUCCUAAUUGAAGUGUGCUGUUCCUUUAUUUUUUUUAGUCACAGAGCAAGAUUAGUAGAAACAUCUUCAAAGAGAAGGGGAAGGUCAAGGAUGUUGGAUUUUUGAGGUUUUGUCUUUGGUUUGGUUUGUUGUUUGCUGCCGAGUACCAUCUUCUCAAAGAUUUCAGCUCCUCCUGCAAAUCAGCUUCAUCUUUGUUAGAUUUUUGCUGUUUGAAAAAAUUCAGGAGCCUUAAACAUUUUCUGCAACUCCACCAUUACAGCAGCUUUGUCCGUGGAUCUUUUCUGCUUCGGUACAUUUUGGAGUUGUGAUUUUUUGCUUGAUCUUUGAUGCUCCUCCAUCAAACUUCUUUGCCAUAAAGCAAUGGGGUUUAC